GGAGCUAACCCUGCAGCAGACAGACAGACAGGCAGACAGACAGACAGACAGACAUGGACCAGAGGCAGCGGAUGAAGGAGGCCGUGCAGCGGUGUCUGGACUCCCGCAGAGCCGAGCUGCACGCUUUGAGUCGGGACAUCUGGAGCCGACCUGAACUCGCUGAAAACGAGACGCAUGCGCACGACAGGCUGGUGGGCUUCCUCUCUGAGGACGGGACGUGGACGGUUCAGAGUCACUACAAGCUGCAGACCGCCUUCAGGGCCAGCUGGGGCCCGGUCUGCGGCGGCGUGGAGGGUGAACCGGGGCUGAAUGUGGGCUUCCUGUGCGAGUACGACGCGCUGCCGGACAUCGGGCACGCGUGUGGGCAUAACCUGAUCGCGGAGGUCGGAGCUGGCGCCGCGCUCGGCCUGAAAGCUGCUUUAGAAACUGAGACUGAGCUCCCGGUGCCAGUGAAGAUAACUGUCCUGGGGACUCCUGCAGAGGAGGCUGUAGGAGGAAAGAUUGACCUGCUCGAGGCGGGCGCCUUCGCUGACAUCGAUCUCGUCUUCAUGGCUCACCCAUCUCAGCAAGAUGCUUCGUUCCAGGCCACUGUCGCACUCGAUGAGGUGUCAGUGAAGUACCAUGGGAAGGCGUCUCAUGCUUCUGCAUACCCGUGGGAGGGAGUGAAUGCCCUGGACGCUGCCGUGCUGGCCUAUAAUAACAUCUCUGUGCUCAGACAGCAACUGAAACCAGAGUGGAGGAUUCACGGCAUCAUCAAACAUGGAGGGGUGAAGCCCAACAUCAUCCCUGCCUACACCGAGUUACAGUUUUAUAUUCGCACUCCGCUGGUGAAGGAUCUGUGUGACCUGAAGGCCAAAGCUGAGGCCUGCUUCAGGGCGGCUGCUGUUGCCACCGGCUGCCAAGUGGAGAUAGAAUAUCCAGCCCAUGCCUACUAUAACAUAUUGCCUAACGCCACACUGGCAAACCUGUAUGAGAAUAAUGGAAAAGCUUUGGGGAUUCAGUUUCCUGAGCAGCCAGAGAAAUUCUCGGGUUCUACAGACUUUGGAAACGUGUCUUUUAUAGUCCCCGGUAUCCAUCCUUUCUUCUACAUCGGCACAGACGCUUUUAACCACACUGAGGAAUACACGGAAGCAGCGGGAGCUGAAAAGGCGCAGUUGUUCACCCUGAGGACAGCCAAAGCUCUGGCUAUGACAGCUGUUGAUGUGCUGUGCUGCCCUGCUCUGCUGAGGCAAGUGAGAGAAGACUUCAAACAGGCCACACUGAAACAGGAGAAAACAUGAGAAGUGAUUCAACAGCUCAAUACGACUUUGAUGAGAUGCCAAGGGACAACUGUUUGACACUGGUGCUUUUAUGGCGAUGAUGAAAAAAUCAAUAAAUGCAUUAACAAUAGAUAUGACAUGUUAUUUAUUGUUGUGUUGGGCUUGUACUUGAGUGUACAGACCCAACACAACAAUGCUGGAUGUCCUGCCUCUACCACCUCCUGGUUUUUGAACCAGGCUGUAAACAUCCAGUGAUGUAUAAAAUUUCAUGACUUCUGCUUAAUUGACUAAUUGAGUGCCAAAUUGUUUCAAACUAUUUUUUUCUGUUUCCUUAGAGCUAUGGAUUGAUUAUAUAGCAAACAUGUAGACUGGAAUACUAUGCAUGUACUGCAACACUUAAGGUGAUGUAGUGUAAGCACUGGUAGCUGGAAACAUAGUAAAUCACUGGAAGUAGAACCCUGUUUAAGGUGAAGCUGUAAAUCAGAUAGCGAGCACAAAGAGUGAAGUUGGCUUAUGUGAACACACAAGUUUAACGAUGAAAUAAGCAUCUGAGUUUUUAGUAUUGGAUACAUAACACACAAGAUUAAUGAAGUAAUGAGCACUUGGUUUUUUAGCAUGAUUUGAUGCGAACCAUAUAAAUGUGUGAUGACUUGUAACGGUGUGAAAUGUAUUAAACUUUAAAAAAAAAAUACAGUUGGGGAGAUCUGCGUCAUAAUGGUGUAAGAAAAGGCAAUAAAGGUGUUUUUUUUAAAUAGUAUUAUUACAAAACAGAAUCUAAUGGUGUCAUCCAGUGAAGAAUAAAACGAAAGAAAACAUCUUGUCCCCAGUCGACCAAGAUCAGUAGGCGUGAGAUGAGACAGCAUUAAGAAUGGGGGAAACCCCAAAACAUGGACCAGCUCUGAGAGUCCACCUGAGUGGAAAAUUACACCAUUAUGUCUUAGAGAAAGUUUGAUGAAAACAGGCAGGACGUGAAAUUUGCAUAAAGAUACAUAAGAGAAAGCCCGAGUCAGCAAGUGCAGUUCAUCAUGGGGAACUCGGGCUCUUGUCUGUAAAUAUAAUAAAGAAUUAAUUCUGCUGCCAA